AUGGCAUCGCAAAUACAUUUCUUGGACAUAAAGGGAAAGCCCCUACUUUCCAGAGAUUACAAAGGAGACAUCCCUUCCAAAACAAUUGACAAGUUUCCUUUAUUAUUGCUCGAACUAGAAAAUGACGAUGAAUCUAACUACAAGCCUUUCGUCAAUGACCUGGGUAUUAACUACGUCUACAUCAAUCAUAAUAACCUCUACGUCUGUGCUCUCACACGCAAGAAUGAAAAUGUGAUGGCACUAGUUGUGUUUUUGUCCAGAUUAAUUGAAGUACUCACUCAGUACUUUAAAAGCUUGGAAGAAGAAUCAAUUAGAGAUAACUUUGUCAUAAUAUACGAAUUACUUGAUGAGAUGAUGGAUUUUGGAAUCCCUCAAACUACAGACACGAAGAUAUUGAAAGAAUAUAUCACCCAAGAUUAUUAUAAAUUGAUCAGAAAUUCAUCUACAAGGAUUAUUCAGCCACCUAAUGCUGUCACUAAUGCUGUGAGCUGGAGAAAGGAUGGCAUUGUAUACAAAAAGAAUGAAGCGUUCUUAGAUGUGGUUGAAUCCAUCAAUAUGUUAAUCAAUGCCAAUGGGCAGGUGUUGAAUAGUGAGAUUUUAGGUGCUGUCAAGAUUAAAUCACAUUUGAGUGGUAUGCCUGAUUUGCGGUUGGGUUUGAAUGACAAGGGCAUAUUUAGUACCACUGAAGAUGGUGCAUCUGCUAAUUCAAAAGGAAUAGAGAUGGAAGAUAUUAAGUUCCAUCAAUGUGUAAGGUUAUCCAAAUUCGAGAAUGAAAGAAUAAUCACAUUUAUUCCUCCAGACGGUGAGUUCACCUUGAUGUCAUAUAGACUUUCUUCUGCGCAAUUUCUAAUGAAACCAUUGAUUUUGGUUAAUUGCAAAUCAAAAAUUCACAAACAUUCUAGAAUAGAAAUUAUGUGUACCGUGAGAGCCCAGUUUAAGAGAAAAUCAACAGCCAACAACGUUGAAGUCAUAAUACCGAUUCCAGAGGAUGCUGACACUCCGAAGUUUACACCGGAUUAUGGUACAGUCAAAUGGAUUCCUGAAAAGUCAUGUCUAAUUUGGAAGUUGAAGACUUUUCCAGGCGGUAAGCAAUUUCAAAUGAGAGCAGAACUUGGCUUGCCAGCAGUCGUUGAUCCUGAAGAUGCAAUUUCAAAAAAGCCUAUUAAAGUUAAUUUUUCGAUUCCCUAUUUCACUACGAGUGGAAUCCAAGUCAGAUAUCUUAGAAUUAAUGAGCCAAAAUUACAAUAUCAGUCAUACCCUUGGGUAAGGUAUAUUACCAAAAGUGGAGACGAUUACACUGUUAGAACUAAAUAA